GAGUGAAGCCGGUGGGGCGGGGCCGGCGGGGGCGUGUUCUCCCGGGGCGCGGCCCCAGUAAGGCGGUGGUGGCGUCUCCCGCCACGGACGCCCAGGCGCGAAUCCCGAGGCGCAGUACGAUUCGACUCUACAUCGGUCAGAAGCCAGCGUUUUGAAGCCGGCCGAAAUGGGGCCGGGUUAAGCUGCCCGCCGCCGGACGAGCUGCGCGGCCAAGAAUGGAACGGUCGGCGGAGCUCAGCCCCGAAGCCGUGCUGCGCUUCCUCUCGGAGCGCGGGGGUCGGGCCCCGCACGCCGAGCUGGUGCAGCACUUCAGGGGUGCCCUGGGCGGCGAGCCGGAGCAACGUACCCGCGCCCGCGCCCUUUUCAAGGAGCUGGUCAAUGCCGUAGCCACGGUGCGCACCGACCCUGCCGACGGCUCUAAGUACGUGCACCUUAAAAAGAGGUUCUUGGAGGGGGCCACGUCGUCCGAAGCCGUGUCCCCACGGGACCUGCCGAGCAUCUCGGUGACUGCAGAACCCGAAUCCAGCAGCUGCUCCCUGGGGGCGCCCGACGGCCUGGUCGAGACCCGGGAGAGCGGCCUGUGCCCAGAGGCGGCGUCCCCGAGUCCGGGUUGCGAGCCGAGCGAUGGGGAGCCCCGGGCCGCAGCGCUUGGGCAGCCAAGCCCGGCCGGAGAGAGCCGGAAUGGGCCGCCCUUCAACGGCGGGGCCCGGAGGAAAAACUCGCGGAGAGACGUGCAGACUCCCCCCCGGGGACCGGUCCCCGGGCCCAGCGAGGACCUAGCGCCCCCGCCCCACGGCUGCGGGGAAAUGGACUCGGGCAGCUCCCCCGGGGGGGUUGCCACCCCAAGGUCUACCCGCCAGAACCUCCGGGACCUUGUGAUGGGCAGCUCCCCACAGCUGAAGAGGAGCGUUUGUCCAGGAGGGAGCAGCCCGGGGAGCUCCUCUGGGGGAGUACGCGGUAAAGGCGGGGGCGACUCAGACAGCGCAUCGGUCGCUUCGUCCUCCGCAGAGGAGGAGAGCAGCGGCGGGGGUUCGGUGACGCUGGACCCUCUAGAACACGCGUGGAUGCUCUCAGCCUCAGACGGCAAGUGGGACAGCCUGGAAGGGUUGCUCACCUGCGAGCCUGGCCUGCUCGCCAAGCGAGACUUCAUCACCGGCUUCACCUGCCUGCACUGGGCCGCCAAGCAUGGCAGGCAGGAGCUCCUGGCCAUGCUGGUCAACUUCGCUAACAAACACCAGCUGCCAGUGAACAUCAACGCCAGGACAAGCGGAGGCUACACUGCCCUGCACUUAGCUGCAAUGCACGGGCACGUGGAGGUGGUGAAGUUGCUGGUGGGGGCUUACGACGCAGACGUGGACAUCAGGGACUACAGUGGGAAAAAGGCCUCUCAGUACCUGAGUCAGAGCAUCGCGGAGGAAAUCAAGAACCUGGUGGGAGCCCUGGACGAGGACGAUGGAGAGAGUGCCACUGGCAGCGGUGGUGGGCGCUGGAGGCUUUCAAAGGUGCUCCCUUCACACCUCAUCACCUACAAACUCUCACACGUCCUGGAGGAUGGAGGGGAUCAUCACCAUCAUCAUCACCACCACCACCAAUUGACUGAGGGAUGGGCUGGAGGCAAAGCAAAGGAUCCAGGUCGCAAGGCCUCCGGCAGCUCUAGUGGACGAAUAAAACCCAGACUCAACAAAAUCCGCUUCAGGACCCAGAUCAUCCACACUACACCCUCUUUCAGAGACCCGGAGCAGCCACUGGAGGAGGGGGAGGAGGAAGAGGAGGAACGGGCUCUUAAAGGUCACUCAUCUUCAUUCAAAUUGAGGCCGAAAUCCAAUGUAUUUGGGUAAAAAUAAUUUCGUUUAGAAAAUUCUAGGUUUAUUGGUCUUCAGGAAUAGAAUACACACUGUAGGCUAGUAAGUAAGACCAGAAAAGAGGCUAAAUUCUUCAUUCUUAACCUGGGGAGUUGCAAUGGCUGGAAGGAAUUCCCCUAGCAUUCUGGGUUAAGUAGGUUUCCAAGUGAUUUCAUCAAACCUGCCCUAGGCCUCUUUAUCCUGUGCCACCCCUCUGACAUGGAGUCCCUGUUUCUGAGGAUUGGGAAUGUAUUUAAAUUGGGUGUACAGAAUUGAUAAUUGAGGGUUCCUUUGAUUUUAUAGUUAUUGGAUGCCAUGCAAAAUAAGGAAUAUUGCACUUUUAUGUUUCUGUUUUUUAAAAGUGGUUACUCUUCCAAGGGCAACAAGGAGUGCAAGUUAUAAUGAAAUUUUAAGUGAACAAAACUACAUACUGCCUUGGUUUUUUGUUUUUUACUAAUUGCAUUUACUUUUUAAAAUACUACUGAAGGUCAGGUCAAAGUUGAAAAGCGAGAAUACUAUUUAGUGAAUAAAAAUGGUAUCCUGUUUAUAUUGUAAGUAGUGCUCAACUAUUUUUU